GCUCCCCCGGGUGGGCUGAGGGGGCGGCGGCGUGGGAGCCGGGGAAGUUUGGGCGAUCGCUGCCAGUGGUGCGAUCCCUGGGCAGGCUCAACCCGUUGAGGAGCAGCGGGCGGACGGACUGGCUUCCGACGCCUGCGGGUCCUCGACCGUCGUCUCGCGUCCUCUCUCCGGCAAAGGAAAAGUGCUUCCCCUAUAAAAUGUCAUCUAUCAAGCACCUAGUUUAUGCAGUUAUUCAUUUCUUACGGGAACAAAGUCAGAUGGAUGCUUAUACUUCGGAUGAGCAAGAAAGUUUGGAAGUUGCAAUUCAGUGCUUGGAGACGGUUUUUAAGAUCAGCUCAGAAGAUACACACCUAGCAGUUUCACAGCCUUUGACAGAAAUGUUCACCAAUUCCUUCUGCAAGAAUGAUGUCCUGCCCCUCUCAAACUCAGUGCCUGAAGAUGUGGGAAAAGCUGACCAAUUAAAAGAUGAAGGCAAUAACCACAUGAAAGAAGAAAAUUAUGCUGCUGCAGUGGAUUGUUACACACAGGCAAUAGAGUUGGAUCCCAAUAAUGCGGUUUACUUUUGCAACAGGGCUGCUGCUCAAAGCAAAUUAGGUCACUACACAGAUGCAAUAAAGGAUUGUGAAAAAGCAAUAGCAAUCGAUUCCAAGUACAGCAAGGCCUACGGGAGGAUGGGGCUGGCCCUCACAGCCAUGAAUAAAUUUGAAGAAGCGGUUACAAGUUAUCAGAAGGCAUUAGAUCUUGAUCCUGAAAAUGAUUCCUAUAAAUCCAAUCUGAAAAUAGCAGAACAGAAGUUAAGAGAGGUAUCUAGUCCUACAGGAACUGGAUUGAGCUUUGACAUGGCUGGCCUGAUAAAUAAUCCAGCCUUCAUUAGUAUGGCAGCAACUUUAAUGCAGAACCCUCAAGUUCAACAGCUAAUGUCGGGAAUGAUGACAAAUGCCAUUGGGGGACCUGCUGCUGGAGUUGGGGGCCUAACUGACCUGUCCAGCCUUAUCCAAGCGGGACAGCAAUUUGCUCAGCAGAUACAACAACAGAAUCCUGAACUUAUAGAGCAACUGAGAAACCACAUCCGGAGCAGAUCAUUCAGCAGCAGCACUGAAGAGCAUUCCUGAUUUGACCAGAGACUUUAGCCCAGAAUGCCAGAGGUUUAUGGCUCUGAAGUAUUCCCUGUAGAUAGUUCCUCCCAACCCCCCAACAAAAAAUAACAAACAAAACACCAUAUCUGAUCGUUGAAAGACUUGAGCAAAACAUGAGUUCUUUGGAAACGAAUGAUCAGUAGCUGUGUUAAGUGCCAAUAUAGCACCGGAACAAGGUUCCAUUUUCAAAUUUUUAUCACAUUUGUAUAUUAGACUUAGUAGCAGAGUAUAUUUAUUGAACAACAUGGUUGUUUAUUGGUGAAUUCUUCAGCUCUAAAUUCCCUUAAGCAAUUUUCUGAGCAGGGAGAUGACCAAGAGGAAAAGUUUCCCACGCUGGUUUAGAAGAAAUGUAUUUGCCAUUGAGCAGCAUUUUAGGAGAGAAGAAAUUUGUUCUCUAGGUUUAGUUUUGAUAAGUGCUUUCAGUAAUGAAUACUUAACAUGGCAGCCAAUAUCAUCUUUAAUGUUGUUUGUUGUGACGAAUGACAGGGAAUCUUAAGAGCUGGUAGAAGGCAGAAUUCAGUGCAAGGGAUAUUAUGAAAAGAUAAAAAUAGAUAAUGGGAAUGUUUAGAAAGCAAAGGUAGGAUGCUCAGGUUUUCUACAUAGUACUACUCAUCUCGUCUGCAGUUUGGUGUGGAUAACAUUAGCAUAGCCACUUAUGCUGAGUACAUAAUAAAAUACAUUUAGAAAUCCUUAAGGGCCCAGGUUAGAUCAAUGAUACAACUGAAUUAUCACAAUUUCCCCAGUGGUAUUUCCUUGGAAACUAUCAAAUACAGCUAUAUUUAAAUGAGCUUGUGGCUUGGUCUUAAGGAUUUUCUAAGUGACAUUUAAUUAUGUGCCUGUAAAUGUUGAUUUUUAAAAAUCUACUAAUUAUUUGAUGGAUAGCAAAACACGUCUGUGACUAAUGUUUCUUGUUCAUAUAAUUCUCUGCAAUAGUUUGGCUUGGCAUGCCAGUAUUAUGCUAAACAUAAUUUAAAUUUGAUGCAAUUUAAACAUAACAGGAGACUUAAGAUAUUUUAUCAUAAAUUAGAUGCCAUAAUUAGUAGUUAAGAGAAAUUGUGUUAGGUAUUAAUGGUGUGGCUCUAAUUACAGUGAUGGAGGAGACAGUUCUAAUUCCAACUGGAAUUUUUUUAUUAAUCAUGAAAUUAGUGAAGUGGGGCUGGUGAGUACAUGAUUUCACAAGUAUUGUGAGGGAAAACUGAAAAGGAAAGUAAUAUGAAAUUAUAUCAGUAAUAAUGGUAAUGGUCCAGCCUUCUUAUAACUCUUCUCUUCUAAAGACUAAUUAUUUGGUAUUUAGAAGUUUAAAAACCAACUUUUUCUUUUACUCUUCAUAUUAGACCAGCGGUUCUAUAACACUGUAAGAACAUCUGGAGAACUCAUAAGAAAUGCAGUCAGGGCCACACCUUCAAUUUAGAUUUAGUAGGUCCCCUAAUAAGGCCUACUUUUUAAAUAGCACACUGAGUAGUUCUAACAUAGAUUCACAAACUACUCUAAUUUACGGCAACACUAGGUUGGAGGUCUCUCACUUAAGACCAGCAAAUACUAAGCCCCCACGGCUAAAAUGAAGAUCUAUAUAUGAACCCAUAGUUCUUGCCAUUGAAGAGCAGGACUUAAUUUUUAGGCUCUCGGAGAUUAAAUCUCCAGUAUUCUAUCUAAGCCACCUUGGUUUUUCAUGAAGUUAGAAUCAGCCGUAGUGUUCAAGUGUGAUAGAGCAUGAGGGAUGAUUACUCAUCAUAUAGAAGUUAUGACUAUGAUUAAAAAAAAGCAAAGUAGAUCCUUAAUUAAAAAUUAGUCACUCUUAUCCAAUGUUGACUAAGAAGUUAAAGUUUCUAAGCGUAACUGUCUUGAGUGCAUUAAAAAUGCUUUCAGAUUUAUAAGAUUGGUCAGCCUCUAGCUACUGACUAAGAAAGUAGAAAAUACAGAUUAACAGAUUCAGAAAUAAGAGAAGAGAAACAGUACAGACACUAUGGAUAUUAAAAGGAUAAUUAGAAAACACUAAGACCAACUCUAGAUCUAUAUAUUUAGCAACUUAGAGAACAAAUUCCUUGGGUGGCACCUGUGGCUCAGUCGGUAAGGUGCCGGCCCCAUAUACCGAGGGUGGCGGGUUCAAACCCGGCCCCGGCCGAACUGCAACGAAAAAAUAGCUGGGUGUUGUGGCGGGCACCUGUAGUCCCAGCUACUUGGGAGGCUGAGGCAAGAGAAUCGCUUAAGCCCAAGAGUUGGAGGUUGCUGUGAGCUAUGUGAUGCCAUGGCACUCUACCUAGGGCCAUAAAGUGAAACUCUGUCUCUACAAAAAAAAAAAAAAAAAAAAGAGAAAAUAAAUUCCUUAUAAGAUAUAAACUACCAAAGCACAUUGAAGAAAUAACCUGAAUAGACCUGUAUUUAGUGAGGAAGUUGAAAUUACAGUUAUAAAUCUCUACAGAAAAGGCUCAGGUAACUUCGGUGGCGAAUUUUACCAAAUACUUAAGAGAGAAAUAUCAAUUUUACACACCCUCUUCCAGAAAAUAGAAAAGGAAGAAAUACUUCCUAACUUAAUUAGGCCAGUUAUUACCCUGAUAAAAUCUGACAAAGACAUCAUAAGAAAAAAUACUUUAAAACAAUUAUCUUCAUGUGCUAUUAUCUGUAGUUAGCUAUUCUUUUUACAUGAAGCAGUGGGAAAUGUAUUUCUUCCAUUUCAUUUUUCUAGUGUUUCGUUACUAAUAUACCACUUGUAACAAAUUCGAUCUAGAUGUCCACUUCCCUAGAUUUCCAUUCUAUUCAAGGUAUUUUUGUUCUUUGGAUACUCUGAUCACUUUGGAAUCAAUGCUUUGUAAGCUAUUUCAAGAAGGUCUGGCAUGGUUGGAUUGUGCUACUUAAAAAAUUACAAGGAAUGUCUCAUAUUUUCUUAUCUGGAAAAUACAGUUGCUACUUAACUAGAGAAACAAGAGGGCAAUUAAAUCUUUAAUUCUACAAAAUGCUUGACUUCCAUUAACCACAUUUCAGUCUAGUAGCUACUAGUGAUGAUGCCAUGUAAAAGUGAACAUGUCCUUUAUACGCAAAUGACACUUUCAUUAAAUGGUUCAAAUUGUUUAUCUAAUUUUAUAUAGUUUAAACCUAUCCUUCCUUAAGAUAUCAUUAUCUAGCCUUUACUUAAAAGUAUGAACCGUAUGUGUCUGUGUUACUGCUUAUAAACAGAUAAGACUGUAAUGAAAUCAAAGUAUAUAGCAGAUUCCAAGUGACCAUUAUAUGUUACUUUUAAAAUGUGAAACAGAUUGACGGGUGGCACCUGUACCUCAGUGGGUGGGGCACCAGCCACAUACACUCAGGCUGGCAGGUUCGAACCCGGCCUGGGCCAGCUAAACAACAACGACAACUGAAACAAAAAAAUGGUCGGGUGUUGUGGCGGGCGCCUGUAGUCCCAGCUACUUGGAAGGCCGAGGCAGGAGAAUUGCUUAAGCCCAGGAGUUGGAGGUUGCUGUGAGCUGUGAUGGCACAGCACUCUACUGAGGGUGACAUAAUGAGACUCUGUCUCAAAAAAAAAAAAAAAUUGAAGCAGAUUGAAAUAGAAGGUUCAGCCAUGAGACAUGCUUGAAAAACCAUUCAAGUACCCAGUGCAGUGGCUAUACAGUCUUAUUUCAUCAUUUAAUCCAUCUUAAUCAUUGUGAAAGACAGACUUCAAUUUUACAAUGCUUGCACUUUAUUUUGCACAAACAUUUCAUUAAUUAUUACUCCAUUUUGAGGUGCAAAUCUUCUGAAUGUAUCUUUCAUUUUGGAUCAAUUUGUCAUGGCAAUAAAUAAUUAUGCAU